GACAUGAUAAAAAUUGUUGAGGGAAUUGGUUUUCAAGCAUCUUUGGCUAAAAAAGAUCCAAAAGAUCAUAACUUGGAUUAUAAAGAGGAAAUCCAACAAUGGAGGAAGUCAUUCUUAUGCAGCCUGGUGUUUGGUAUUCCAGUUUUGGUCUUAAUGGUUUAUAUGUUAUUACCCAUUGAUAACCAACAUGGAUCAAUGGUGUUGGAGCAAAACCUGAUUCCUGGACUGUCUAUUCUAAACCUUCUCUUCUUUGUACUUUGUACUUUGGUUCAGUUCCUGGGUGGAUGGUACUUCUAUGUCCAGGCCUACAAGUCAUUAAAGCAUAAAAUGGCCAAUAUGGAUGUCCUGAUAGUAUUGGCCACAUCAACUGCUUACGCCUAUUCAUGCAUCAUUUUGAUAGUUGCAAUUACUGAAAAGGCCGAACAGAGUCCCAUCACAUUUUUUGACACCCCGCCAAUGCUGUUUGUAUUCAUAGCCCUUGGGAGAUGGCUGGAACACAUAGCAAAGAGUAAAACAUCAGAAGCGCUUGCUAAAUUAAUUUCUCUUCAAGCUACAGAAGCUGUGGUCGUGACACUUGGACCUGACAAUUGCAUAAUCAAGAGAAGCCAUGCCAGUCACUAAAAAACCUGGCAGCGUGGUUAUUGCGGGUUCUCUCAAUGCACAUGGCUCUGUGCUUGUAAACGCAACUCACGUUGGCUCUGAUACCACCCUGGCACAGAUUGUGAAACUAGUUGAGGAAGCUCAGAUGUCAAAGGCACCCAUCCAGCAACUAGCUGACAGAUUUAGUGGUUAUUUUGUUCCAUUUAUCAUAAUAAUUUCAACAGCAACCCUGAUAACAUGGAUCAUAAUUGGAUUUAUACAGUUUGAUGUUGUACUAAAAUAUUUUCCUCAUCACAGCAAACAGAACUCACAAGCUGAAAUUAUCCUACGGUUUGCCUUCCAGACCUCCAUCACAGUGCUGUGCAUUGCAUGUCCUUGUUCUUUGGGCCUGGCUACUCCAACUGCUGUGAUGGUGGGCACUGGAGUUGCUGCUCAGAAUGGUAUUCUAAUCAAAGGAGGGAAACCCCUGGAAAUGGCACACAAGGUGAAGACAGUGAUGUUUGAUAAAACCGGAACCUUGACUUACGGUGUUCCCAGAGUCACGCGCGUUCUCUUGCUGGGAGUCACAGAAGCUACCCUGCCUCUGAAAAAGUUCCUUGCUCUUGUUGGUACUGCCGAAGCCAGCAGUGAGCAUCCUUUAGGAAUGGCUGUCACUCGAUAUUGCAAAGAGGAACUUGGCACAGAAAUCCUUGGAUGCUGUAAAGAUUUUCAGACAGUUCCUGGAUGUGGAAUAAGCUGUAACGUUAGCAGCCCUGAAACCUUAUUGGGUGAUCAGAUUGAGCAGUAUAUGACCAGUCUCAGCCCUCAUAUUGAUGGCUUUGAUAAAGGUGUUAAAGAUCAGACUCCACUCCCCAAAGCAAGAGAUACGGCAGUUUCUCAUACUUAUUCAGUGUUGAUUGGGAAUCGGGAAUGGAUGAGACGGAAUGGCCUGCAUAUCCCCAGUGAUGUUCAUGAGGCCAUGAGAGACCAUGAAAUGAAAGGACAGACAGCAAUUCUGGUGGCCAUAAAUGGUGCACUUUGUGGCAUGAUGGCAAUAGCAGACACAGUCAAGCCAGAGGCAGCCUUAGCAAUGCACAUAUUGCAGAAUAUGGGAGUGGAUGUGGUGCUUAUCACAGGAGACAAUAGGAAAACAGCCAAAGCAAUUGCAACUCAGGGGUAUUCAUGCCUUUAGGACUUGUGUUACAUCCAUGGAUGGGGUCAGCUGCAAUGGCUGCAUCUUCGAUAUCCGUAUUGCUCUCUUCGCUGCAGCUAAAAUGUUACAAGAAAACAGUCUUGGAAAAAUAUGAAGCUGAGGCUCAAGGCUGUAUGAAGCCACUGACUCCUUCUCAAGUUAGCGUCCAUAUUGGGAUGGAUGAUUGGAGACGGAAACCUCCCAAAUUAGCUACCUGGGACAGUAUCAGUCAAGUGUCCCUUUGUUCCCUGACUUCAGACGUAGCGCGAGGAGCCUUGGAAGAUGGAGCAGACAAAUGGUCACUACUCACCAACAAUCAGGAUGAAGACCAAUAUAUUUGAAGGAUCUAAUCUGAUACCGAGCAGCAGCUUCCAAGGAUGGGACUAAGAGAGGCUUACAGUUCUGUUUCUGGAGCAUCUAGAGAGAAGUGUAUUUGGGGUGCACUGUGGUUCCUGUUCUCAUCUGAAUAGAGGAGUGUACCUUCAUUUGAUCCUGGAUGGCUCCUGGAUUAGGAUAUGGGCUAAUUAUAAUAUGUGUAUCAAGGAACGGAACAGUGUUUGCAUUUCACUACCAAAUGCUGCCAUAUUUACAUCAAGUAAUACAGGGGGGUCAAGUAAUACAGGGGAUCUGGCCUGUGUGGUGCUUAGAUCUGGCUCGCGGGGCCGCUGUGGAAACAGCGAAGAACCGGCCCAUGGUGCUUCUGCCAGCCGGGCUCUGUUUUCAGCUGUGACAGCCUCCUGCAACUCUCUGCCAGUGAAAACGGAGCUUGGGAAGGCCAAGCUCCAUUUUCACUGGCAAAGCAUUUGGGCCACCAUAGGCGCCCCCCACACGAGUGAUGUCCAACUGGCCACCCCCACCCCCGCCACCCCAAAGUCAAACACAACCCUGAUGCAGCCAUCAAUGAAAUUGAGUUUGACACCUCUAAAGUAAUAUCAGAAAAAACAUAUUCUCUUAAAGGUCAGAAUACGAUUGUUAAAAUGAACGAUCAGGCUGGUUGUACUUCAGGGUGGGGCAUGGAGGAGAAGUAAGUAUACUUUUUAGGGGUAUGCUGUAUUUGCAUUUUUUGCAGUCUUAAAGAAGGCAAAGUAAAAGAGAAACCUUCAAGGUUAUUCAUAUCAUGUGCAUUUUAUAAUAUUGGAUCAAGCAGCAUAUAGAAAGCUGUUCUAUAUAUUUUGUUUCCUUUUAAUGAUGCUGAAUCCCAAGUUCCAUAAAAAGGCAAAUGUUUCUUAAAUUUCAGAAGGCAACAAAAGUAGAGUAUUGUUAGGCAUAGUGGCAGUGGUGGGCUUCAAAAAUUUUAGCAAGGGGUUCUCUGCCUGGUUGCUGGGUGGGUGUGGCCAUGGUGGUGUGGCCUAGUCGGCCUCCUGCACCACAGCAGGGGGGGCUUCUUGCCCUCACUGGGCUCGGGAGGCUUUCCUUGAGCCUCUGGGAGAGCCUCCCCAGGUUCCGGAGGCCUUCCU